CGUACUGGUCCAUCAUGCUUCCGAGCUACUACUACUUACGAGUACUAGCAUAGACUUCGAGUUCUUUUUUAGACUCCAAUACGCCGCCGUUCGGCUCAUACCUGCUUUUUUUUCUAUCUCUUUCUCAGCCUCACUGUUCUGACCAGCAUCUUCCUGUUUUUGCGCAGUGUACUGUGCGGCGCAUUCGCCAGCAUUCAUAGCCAUGGCGAGGCUCCUGCAGUCAUUGCUAUUGUUGCUGCUCAUAUGCGCUGGUCUGUCGCUGGCGCAGAAUAGUAGCACCACAACCUCCGACACGACGACCACAACGAGUACCACUACUUCACCUGUAAGCGAUCCGAGUUCGACGACAACGACAUCAGAUCUAACAACGACGCCGUUACCACAGACAACUACUUCAACUCUUCCCCCGAGUACAACUACAACCAUCAGCACCACCCUAUCUACCACAACAACUUCAUUAGUUACCACUACUACCAGUAUGUUUGAUUUCCCAGCCUUUUGCAAUGCAUCCCGAAUCUGCCUCGUUUCGCAUCUCGUGCUGUUUUGCCUUUGCCUCUGCUCUUUAUAAUGUUCGAAUCGUGGCAGCCACCACAAGCUUCACCACCACAUCUGAUACCACGUCCUCCUCCUCAACGUCGUCCACGCGCUCCAGCACUUCAUCGACCUCAGAGACCUCCACUUAUACUUCCCCUUCCACCACAGUUCCCACCACGACCACUACUUCUAUUUCUAGUAGUAGUACUACUACUACUACCACCACUACCACGCCCUCCCCUUCCCCAACUACAACCACAUCAAGCACUACCAGUGAGUAUCCGUUUCGAUAUUCAUCUUUCGCCUUAGACGUGCCACGAAAGCCGGGUUCUCUUCUUGACUGCUCUUUGAAGGUACAAUACUAAUGCAGAAUCAUUUUCUAGCCUUGAGCACUACCUCAUCGACUACCACAACCACGACAACCCCCUCCCCAACGCCCACAUCUACCACGACUACACAGAGUACCACCAGCAGCCCUGUUGUUAUAACAACUACCAGUUCAUCCAUUUCGUACUCCACCAACACCGAGACAAUCACCUCUGUGGUUCCAACCACUUCGGAUGGCACUACAGCGUAUACGACCCUGACUUCCGUUGUCGUUGCGACAUCGCCAGCUACUACAGUGGUAGAUGUAGGCACGACUACAAGCACGCCUGGGUCGACUCCUUCUAUCGCAGCAGCAAACAGUGGGUCGAGUAGCAGCAGUUCUGGACUGUCCACUGGAGCUAAAGCUGGCAUUGGAGUUGGCGUUGGUAUCGCCGUAGUGGGUGCAGCUCUUUUCGGUUGGUGGUAUGCAUGGUACAUGCGACGACGACGAAAUCGCAACUCUCUAGCUCACGACCAUUACGAUGCCAACGGACCCAUCCCUGGCAUGAGCGAGUACGGCGGAUCUGCAACCGGUGGGCGUUCAGGGAUGGGCGCCAUGGCAGCCGUAGCUGGAUACUCUUCAAACCGCUCCGACAACACUCGAUCCGAACUUGCUUCUCCUCCUUUACAACCUCCACCUAGGUCUCCGGACCGACUCCUCCCCGCCGCAGCAGGCAUCCGCUCAUGGGGCUCAGUUUCACCACCUCCUCAGCAAGGUUCGUCGGGCAGGUCAGUCUCCGACGCGAGCGAAUACUCUCAAAAUCAUGCAUCAUACCCUCAGCAGCAACAGGAGCCGGGCCGGAUGAGUGCAGCUGCUGCCGGAUACUUUUCCGACGCCAACGAACUGCCCGGUGGUCAACCACAAAGCCAGCCUGAGCAGUCCCAUCAGCGUCACCUGUCUGGCGAUUCGGGACCAGUUUCGGCGCAAAGCCAAGCAUACUCCCAAGAUGAGGGCUACUACCCCAAUGCCUCGGCCGGGCAGAAUCCUUAUGAGCUCCCCGGGGGCCAGGAUGCGGGUCAAAAUAACUAUCGAGGUGUAGAUCCAGAGGUACCUUUACACCAGAGGUACGACAGGGUCCCUGUACGUCCUGGACAUCUAGGUCCUUCACAUAAUUUUUGAUGGCGUUAUGAAGAGUAUUGCAAAAGUCGGGUAUAUAUGAACAAGUACGAAUAAUGUGAAAAUAUUAAUCUCGAUUGACGUUGA